AUGGGAUGGAAACCUCUGGCCGGCCAGAGCAAGCCCAAGCAGAGCGACUGCCGUGAGGUGCUCAAGGCCAACCGCUCCCUCCCACGACCGACGCCCUCGAUCCGAAUCCACAGCAGCAAUUGCAGGUGCAACGAGUUGGAGGAAGAGCAGCGAGUAGCCGACGAGUUGCUGGCGAAGAAAAUCCGAGCUGCAUCCGAGGUCCGCCGCAGCAGGAGGAAGACGACCAUUUCCAUCUUACUACCAGGCCAGAAACUGGAGCGGCGGCAGACGCAGAAGCAGUCAACAAUAACGCUGUCCAUGCAGAAACGAAUGUCUCGCAUAUUCGCCUCAAUACCGACCCCGAGCGUCGCCGCCGUCGCCGACCUCUGCGCGGCGUGUUCCGAGCUCGACAUCACCAGGAUCUUGCGGUACCUGUCCGAGGAGGAGAUCCCAGUCAACAUCCACAACUCUGUGGGCACGACACCACUAAUGGCCGCCGUGCGCGCGGCAGAUCCCCACCUCCGACCGACGGCACACCUCGCCCUGAUGACGCUGCUCCUCGACCUCGGGGCGAAUCCGAACGCCACAACCGGUGAGCACACCCCCUCGGGCUCGACCCCGACGAGUGUCCUCACGGCCGCCUCGGCGUUGGACCUGCCAGAGGUCGUCAAGCUCCUCCUCGACCGGGGAGCCGCCGUCGACGCCCCGCUGCCCGCCGUGCUCCGCUCGCGGCUCGGCAGCCGCGGAUUGCGCGCUCUGCACGUCGCCACGCUCGCCGACAAGCCCGAGAGCGUCGAGAUCUUGCUCAGCUACGGCGACGCCAACGUCGGCAGCACCGUCGACGCGCGGCGGUCCGUCCACCGCGGCCCAGACACGUCGUCGCACGACACAUUAUCCCGAAAGCAACCUCACCGCCGGCGGCGCGACCCCGGCGACGACGGCGACCACUGGACGACGGGGAUCACGGCGCUGCACCUGGCGCACGACAGCGCGGCGUGCACGGCGACGCUGCUGCGGCACGGCGCGAACCCGCUGGCGCGCGACGGCUACGGUCGCACGCCGCUGCACUGGGCCGUCGAGGCCGGCAACGCCGACGUGGUCGAGCUGCUGCUCGACGCGGGCACGAGCGCCGACGCGCGCGACGAGGCCAGCGCCACGCCGCUAGCCAUGCUCGUGGCGCGGCUCGAGAGCGGCAACGGCGCCGCUGCUGCCUUCGCGACAAACAACAACAUCUCGCCGACCUCGUCGCCCCGCCGCCGCGACGCGGAGAUCGCCCGCUCGCUGCUCGCCAGCGGCGCCGACCCCGACCUCAAGCAUCCGGCCACGCGCCGCUCCACCCUCAGGGACAGGGUGCUCCGCCUCGAGAAGAAGUCGCGCCGAGUGUACGAGCCCAUCUUCGAGGAAUACGAGACAGAGCUGAAGGUCCUCUAUUGA